AUGGUGUGGUUCUUGGCGAAAUACUCGUCCAAAUUCGCGGUCAACAUGUACUCACAUAUCUGCACACCGCACCCUCCCUUCUCCUCACAACCGGUGGUCAACGAUCGCGAAGCUCAGGGCGACAACAACGCCCACCAGUAUUCGAGAUGUAGGUGCCUCACGCAGCUCUCCAAUCGAGUUAUCAGUCUAAUCGGAAGGUACCUCAGGAACUCAACCAAUUUCUUCGAUGUGCCAGCGCAGCCCGACACCUACUGGGGCCAAUUCGACGAGAUAUCCAAGUACAAUGUCUCUCUCAACUACUUCGAGCGUCUCUGGGCUGCUUGGUACACCUACAUGAACAACGAUGUCCUCGCCACCGGCAUCAUGUCCUUCGUGAUGCACGAAGUUGUGUACUUUGGCCGCGCUCUGCCCUGGAUCAUCAUCGACUGCAUACCGUACUUCAACAAGUACAAAAUCCAGAAUCACAAAAUCCCAAGCGCAAAAGAACAAUGGCAAUGCGCCAUGCUAGUCUUGCUAAGUCACUUUACCGUCGAGCUGCCUCAGAUAUGGCUCUUCCACCCCAUGGCGCAGUUCUUCGGCCUGCAGACCAGCGUGCCCUUCCCCCCACUCUACAAGAUGGCCUACCAAAUCGCCAUCUUCUUCGUUAUGGAAGAUACGUGGCACUACUGGACGCACCGCGCGAUGCACUGGGGCCCACUCUACAAGAACAUCCACAAGAUCCACCACCAAUACUCCGCGCCCUUCGGUCUGGCCGCCGAGUACGCCUCACCGAUCGAAGUCAUGAUCCUGGGCCUCGGCACAGUCAGCUCGCCCAUCCUCUGGUGCGCACUGACCAAGGACCUGCACAUCCUGACCAUGUAUGUCUGGAUCAUCUUCCGCCUUUUCCAGGCCAUCGAUGCCCACAGUGGCUAUGAGUUCCCGUGGAGUCUGCACCAUUUCUUGCCAUUCUGGGCGGGUGCCGACCACCAUGACACCCACCACGAGCGCUUCAUCGGCAACUACUCGAGCAGCUUCAGGUGGUGGGACUACCUCCUCGACACCGAGUCGGGUCCGGAGGCUUCGAAGCGGAGGAGGGAGCGCAAGCUCGCGAAGGCGAAGAAGGCUCAGUAG